GUUGUAACAUAUAUAAAUAAAACAGAAGAUUCGUUGUAAUAUUUAUACAUUGCUUUCUAUUUUCAAAAGUGAAUGCUUCAGUGUUAAAUUGCACGAUAUUCUCAUAGUCUACCACGAGUGUAUGUAAAUAAGUGUACUUAGUUGUAAAAAAAAUGUAUAUGGGUUGGACAUUCGCAAUCUAAUAGAUGAAACAUGACCAGACUUUCAUGUGAAACGUGAGUAUUUAGUUUAAUGCUCCGUUUUGAGACACAUCAGAUAUCGGAAAAAAUAUUUCGAUUUUGUUAAUUUUGUCGAAUUACACGAAUUCAAGUCCGGCUACAAAUCAAGUGUAGGCAGCCAUCUUGGAAAAUCCCUUUUCGCAUUUCGAACGAACAAAGUGUCAAAUAUCGAUAAUUAAUUUAUCGUAUGGGGUUGAAGUGAAAAUUUUCACGAGAAUUGAGUUUUGUAAGGAAACCCGGAUUUUUCAGUGUGAUCCCGAAAGUAGAACGUGAAAAUCAAUUUCGCGCCACUAAUCAGUAUUAUUCAAUAGCCAAGUUUAAAAACCAAGAAAAAUAUAGAGACGUGCUCCGAUACAAAACAAUUCGAAUAAGACACGUGUAGGAGAAUUUUUCUAUUGAAAGUUGGAAAUAAUAUAGGCAAAACGGCUUCGCAAAAAAAAUCGUCUAGGAAGAUGGCGGAGUCCAAAGAAUUAGAGAAUAUGGUAUUGAGUUUUCGAGUGUCUGAACUUCAGAUGCUUCUUGGUUUUGCUGGUAGAAAUAAAUCAGGUAGAAAAACCGAAUUACAAACACGUGCACUAGAAUUGUUACGUUUGAGAUCUCAUCCAGUACAGCUCAAAAUACGUGAACUAUAUAAAAGCAUACAAGCUGAUCAAUUGGCUGCUCACCAAAUGUACGGUCAAACAGGUGGUUCUGGAGAACCACAAAUUGAUCAAAACAUGCAUUCCAGAAAUUAUUAUACAAGACAAGCUAUCAGUCAGCAACAACAGUCACAGUCCUCAGUUUCCAGUGGAAAAGAGUUGCCACCAGCUCAUCAAGCAUCUUUACCUCAAUCUCCUAGAGCUAAUCCUGUAUAUCAGAACACAGGAUAUACUAGUGUAACACCACAACAGACAACAAGUGUAGGUUACAGUCCAUAUCCAUAUCCACCAAAAGUUUUACCAUCUCCAUUACAAAUACAGCCUCGGAGUCAGUAUCCUGUUCAUCCAGAUGUCAGACUUAAAAAACUUCCAUUUUUCGAUUUGUUGGGUGAAUUGUUGAAACCGUCUAGUUUAAUGCCCCAAGGCUCUCUAAGACUUCAAGAGAAUACGUUUAUGUUUCAUUUAACACCACAACAGUCAACAGACAUAGCCAGUUCGCGAGAUUGUCGCGCUGGAAGUAAAAUGGAUUAUACUGUACAGGUGCAAAUGAGAUUUUGUUUACAAGAAACUUCAUGUGAACAAGAAGAUUGUUUUCCUCCUAGUAUUGCAGUGAAAGUUAAUGGAAAAUUAUGUCCCUUACCCAAUCCAAUUCCUACAAACAAACCAGGGGUAGAGCCAAAGAGGCCUCCAAGGCCUGUCAACAUUAGUCAUUUAGUAAAGUUAUCUCCUACCGUAGCAAAUCAAAUUCACGUCACAUGGUCGGCCGACUAUGGAAGGCGAUAUGCAAUCGCCAUAUACCUAGUUAGAAAACUUUCUAGCGCUAAGUUACUGGCGAGAUUAAAAAGUAAAGGUGUACGACAUUCGGAUUACACAAGAGGUUUAAUUAAGGAAAAGCUUAAUGAAGAUGCAGACAGUGAAAUAGCGACUACGUCUCUUAGGGUGUCGUUAGCGUGUCCAUUAGGGAAAAUGCGAAUGGCUACACCAUGUCGUGCAUCGACGUGUUCGCAUUUGCAAUGUUUUGACGCAUCGCUGUUUCUACAAAUGAACGAAAGAAAACCCACGUGGAAUUGUCCAGUUUGUGAUAAAGCGGCACUGUACGAUACUCUGGUUAUAGAUGGAUAUUUUCAGGAAGUUUUAAAUUCCAAAAAAUUAUUACCAGAUGUAAAUGAAAUUCAGCUGUUGCAAGAUGGAUCAUGGGAGAAUUUGGUUUUGAAGAAAGAGAAAGAUAAAGACAAAACUGAAACGAAAGUGAUAACGAAUACGCAGGAUCGCAAAAUCGAUGUGGACACUGUAGACCUCGAUGAAAGCAAUCCUACACCUCCAAAGGAGAAGAAACGAGCCGUUGUCAUUGAUUUAAUUUCAGAUAGUGACGAUGACUAUGAAAAUACCACACCUACGCAAAGUACAAAAAAAUUGGCUAGUGGUACAUCUUCACCAAAAAAAUCACAAGCCAGCUCUAUUAGUAGUACAAGUGAAUCGCCGGAGUUAAUGAUAAUUGAUUUAGAAUAACAUGUUUUUUUAUUAUCUCUUUACUAUAAAAUUGCUAAAUUUUGUAUUAUUAUAUGAGUCUUAUAGAACUAAAACCAAAUGAAGUUUAUUAGUUCUUUAAUUCACAAAAAAGAAAACUAUUAUUAUAAGUAUUAAUAUAAGCAAAUUCAUGAUGUUUUUACUUUUGGUACUUAAAAACAGACAAAAAAUGAAGAAUAGAAUUCGUUAAUCAUUUCAAUAGAAAGCAUUCCUUUGCAUCAUUAAUACAUGUACAGUCCAUUUAUCAUUUCAGUUUGCAGAAGAAAAAUAACAAGAUCAGGUUAGGUGUAAUGAAUAUUUUCAUACAAUUUUGUAGUAUCAUAACAAGACCAUUGUGUAGUUUUAUUUAAUCGAAUAAAGUAAUUUUUUUUAUUUUGUA